AUGGUUGAUGCUGUCAGCGUUGUGUGUCCUGAAGUUAAGUCAAAAGUAGAAGCCAUUUCCCUGUCAGGAAGAACUAUUGUUCGUCGCAUUGAUGCAAUUGCCGUGAAUAUUCAUGAACAGCUGUUAACAGCCAGUGGUCGAUUUCAGUGGUUUUCUAUUGCUUUAGAUGAGAGUACAGAUAUUCAGGAUACUGCUCAGUUACUCAUUUACAUCAGAGGAAUUGAUGAAAACUUUGAAAUUACAGAAGAAUUGAUAUCUAUGGAGUCUCUCAAAGACACUACUACUGGAAAAGAUUUGUUCAACAGUGUCAUUAACAGUUCAAUCAGGUCUGGAUUAACCCUAAAUAAACUGGCCAGCAUUACAACCGAUGGAGCUCCUUCACUCACCAGUAAACAUUCCGGCCUUGUGAAAUUGUUGAAUGACAAAAUCAAAGAAGAUUUUCCACUACACAGUGUGUUGUCUUUUCACUGCAUCAUACAUCAAGAAAGCCUUUGUAAGUCAUCUUUAAAACUCAAACAUGUCAUCGAACCUGUGGUGCGUGCAGUGAAUUUAAUAAGAUCACGGGGAUUGAAACACAAGCAAUUCCGAAGUUUCUUGGAGGAUGUGGAGGCUGAUUUUACUGAUGUGCUGUACUACACAAAUGUCCACUGGUUAAGCAUUGGAAAAGUUCUUAAGAGAGUAUGGGACCUCAAAGCAGAGAUUCUUAUGUUUCUCAAAAUGCAAGACAUCUCCUGCGACUUUUUAAACGAAAUGGAGAGUGACGAAUGGGUUUGUGAUUUUGCAUUUGCUGUGUACAUAAUGCAGAAGCUGAAUGAACUUAACACAAAACUGCAAGGCAAAGGUAUAUUUGCUCAUGAAUUGUACCUGGAAGUGAAAGCUUUUCAAUGGAAGCUUGGACUUUUUGCCAAGCAGCUGAAUGAGCAAAAAUUUAUUCACUUCCCUCUGCUGAAAACACAGUCUGUUACACAAGAAUCAUCAGACAAGUACAGUUCCCAGUUGAUGGCUUUACAAAAGGAAUUCAUUAGAAGAUUUGCUGAUUUCAAGGCAGUUGAAGGCCUGUUCGAUUUGCUUAACUCACCUCUUGCCUGUGACAUUAAAACAACUACCAAGGAACUGCAGAUAGAAGUGAUUCAUUUGCAAGCCGACAAUUCUUUAAAGAUGAUGUUUGAAAGUAAACCACUGGUCGAGUUUUAUGCUUCUCUACAUUCAAAAAAGUUUCAAAAUCUAAAAAAAUUUGCAAGAAAGAUGUUUGUGUUGUUUGCAUCAACUUACAUAUGUGAGCAGACUUUCUCCAUCAUGAAAAUUAACAAGAGGAAGAAUCGAUCACUUCUCACAGACUCAAAUCUUCAGUCAGUGUUAAGAAUCAGCACAAGCAACUUGACACCUAAUUUUGACAAACUGGUAAAUGACUGUAGUCAGCUGCAUCAUUCUCAUUGA